AUGCCGGAUGCUCGUCAUGUCACAACUACCAAACAGAACAAAAAGGGAUCCAAUUCAAAGCGUGCUUGGUACCCACGUAAGCUUAUAAAAAGCCUAUUUCCCUUGUCAGGUCGAUCAUCAUCAUCGUCAUCAUCAUCGUCAUCACACCAGCGUCAAAUUCAACCGCCACAAUGGUCAUCCACUAGACGAUCCUUUCUCAUAUCCCUUAUACCCAGCAUCCGAAAACGUGAUAGAGGAUAUGAUCAUUCUCCACAUUAUCAACGCAAAAAGAUAAGCCAACGAUCCAACUCAGUGAUGGUGUCAAACACCAUUGCAUAUCAACAACGCACCAAGCCAUGCGACGAGAAAGAGUUGUUACAAAUGGAUGCAACAAAAAGGUCGCAUGCAGAUCUUGCUUUUCAGCAACCAUUGGAUAACUUGGCACAAAUUUCAUCAUCAUCACCAAGACGAUGCCAUCGUCCUCCUUUUCGAAGACCCAUGAGCGAAGAUCUUUCAACGUAUAUGGUUUCAAGUCAUGUUCCAACAACAUCAGUAGACGAUUACGAUAACAAAUCACCAUUCUUUGUUUGGGUGCAAAGAAAAAGCGAUGUUUUGCCGCUAAGCAGCAUUGGGAAUGAUAGCAUGACAACCACCAUGCCGACGGUAUCCGAAACCGGGAUUUCUUCAUGCUCUAGUAUCACAGCAACAGCAAGUGAUCCAUCCAGCUAUGAUCUGAUAAUUCACAACACCGUGGCACCGGAUGAUAUUGACAAGAGUAAACAUCACCAUCAACAACACAUUGACGCUACCACCAUAAACAACAACAACAAUGAUAAUAAUAUGAACACCACCCUCUCCACCAGCGCAACAUCUCCAAGCUUGCUUCGUAGGCUCUCUUCAUCACUUGGAAGAGGAAGCGUACCACGCCCACCUCGACGCACAACCUCUCUUGCAAUACCUUCCUCAACAAUGCAGCAUCGUGAAUCGAACGAUUACAGCGCCCAAACACCAACAUCUUCUGCACCAUCAUUGUUGAUCUCAAGAUCAUUUUCUCUUUCAUCCUAUUAUAAACGUCGAUUCUCAGCGCUUGUUUCUGGUAGCCAUGGCGACUAUGGAUUAACCAAUUCCAAGCAAGAUGAAGCUGUCGCUUUUUGGAGAAGCACUGUUGCACAAAUCGAAGCACCUUAUUCAUCAACGGCGGUGCUGAAUACCGAACAAAAGGAUUUACCACCACAACAACCACCAAACCCGCCUAUUACGCCAUAUCAGCAACUUUGUUCGGUGACCCCUAUAGGCAAGAAUAGUAACAGGGCUGUGUGCAAAUUUAUCCUGCGAGAGCUGUAUGCGACUGAGACAUCUUACCACCACCUCCUAAAGUUUAUUUACUGUAAAUACAUGCAACCCAUGAAUAUUGCAUUGCAGGAACAAAACAACCCGUUGUUUACACGUCAAUCAUCAGCCGAUGUGGUCACUCUUUUUGCACACCUACCACAAUUAUUGCAACUCUCUGAACACCUCAUUCCAUCCCUGGAACAUGCAAUGGCCGUCCAAGAUAGCAAAGGCGCGGCCCGUGCCUUUAUCAGUCUCCGUGAACGGCUCGUGAUCUUUUUACGCUAUACGAUCCAUUACCAAUCCAAUUUCCGGUUCAUUCGCAAAAUGUGCCAAACCAAUCCAAUGCUGCUUCACAUUGAACGAGAAUGCCAAUCCCACCAUGACACUCGAAGAAUGGGCAUUGCUGAUUAUUUGAUUGCUCCGAUUCAAAGAGUUCCUCGAUAUUGUCUUUUACUGCAAGAUCUCUUAAAGCACACGUCGCCUUAUGAUCAAUCCCAUCAUGUUAUUAAGAAAUCGGUAGCCUUGGUCACAUCAUUAGCCGAUACCAUGAACCUAUACAGCAUAUGA